AAGAGAACUUGUAAAAUCUAAAGUAGGACGAGACACACACUCAUAUGACCGGAUAUCACCUGAUAUUGAUAACACUACCAUUGAAUUUCGAUGUUUUAGUUUACAGCAAAAGAACAUAUCAAAAGUCACAAAAAUGGCUUCCAAUAUGGAAAGUUCAAUUUAUAGAGGAUCAGAAUCAUUCUUUGACUUUUCUUGUUUCACCUGUCAGGAUAAUGAUAGAAGCACGGAGGCUGAUUUUUACUGUGAGGAUUGUUCUAAAUUUUACUGUAGCAAAUGUGUGGAGCAUCAUAACUAUCUUUACAAGAAGCAUGCCAUUUUGAGCAAAGACAACAUCAGCCUAUGGCCUAAGACUGAUGCAAGCCAGCUAGAGCAAUGUCAGGUACACAAGAAAGAAAAACUGACAGGAUUCUGUGAGGACCACAGUGAGCUGAUAUGUCAUGCCUGCCAUGUCCACAAUCAUCAGAAAUGCAGUGAUGUGGUUCUUAUAGCUGACAAAGUGAAAGACCUCCAUCAAAAAGGAGACUUCAAACAGUUGUCAGCAACUCUUGAUACACAACACCAGCAGUUGAUACGUAAGAAAGAUGAAUUAGAGGAAAACAUGAAGUCUAUUGAGAAAUCUUACAAGAAAACUCUGGAAGAAAUCAAUGAAUUACGAAAGACAAUUAAUGAUGCUUUGGAUCAACUGGAAAAGAAUACCAAGAAGGAGUUGGACACAUUACUGGAAACCACGAGGAAAUCAAUUCAAACUGACAUAGAAAACUGCACAGAGUCCAUAAAAAAUAUUACAUGCGUAAAAGAAGAUUGGUUGAAAAUAAAAGAAAAAAAUGAAUCACCGAAUUUUAUAAAGUAUAGAAAAUGUCUUGUCCAUUCCAUCAAGGUAGAAGCAGUUUUACAAGAAAUUACAACACAGAAUGAGAUGAAACUUAUCUUUAAACCUGAUACAGCUAUCCAACAAAACCUGUCCACUCUCUCAGGAUUGGGACAAAUAUUUAGCUCAGAGAAACAAAUACAACCUGCUCAAAAGACUACACAGAACCUAGUUACAAGACAGAAUAAACCUGAAGCAUCCAGCAAGUCUGACCCUGAUAACCAAACAACUUCAAGAUUAAAGAAAAACAUUUCCAUUCAAGACCCAAGUUCAUUAAGAAAGAACCAACCAGGAAACCGAACAAGUGAUCUGACCAUGCCAGGUCAGGUGUAUAAUCUAGUAUCAAGUUCAUCACACCAGCUGGUCCAGGGACAUCAACCAGGGGCAGUAAACAGGUCUGAUCAAAUCAUAAAAGUGAAGAGUCGUAAGAAGUACAGUGUGAAGAUUAAGGGUGAUACAAUAACAUGCAGUAUAAGUGGUUUCUGUGAGACAGCUUCUGGAGAACUCCUCAGCGCAGACUGGAACAACAAGAAAGUGAAGCUCAUGGAUCAGACCUACAAGGUGUUGGCCCACUGUGACUUGCCUUGGCGACCAUGGUCCAUGUGCAGCAUUGACUCCAGUCUAGUUGCUGUUACUCUGGAGAACAAGGAGGUCCAUUUUAUCAGAGUGACCAAUGGUCAAUUAGUAAAGGACAGGAUACUGAAGCUCCAACAUGCUUGCUGGGGUAUUGCCCAUCAGCAUGGUAACCUGUACAUUACAGAUGGUAGUGCAGCUCUGUAUAUCUAUACUGUGGAUGGAAGACUGGUGAGGGAGAUGUAUGAGGAUACAUCAGAUAACUGGCCAGUUACUUCCUGUGCAGUGAGUCCAGAUGGAGACAGGAUAUAUGUGACCAAAGAGAACAGUCAACAGCUGGUCACCUUGUCCAGGGAUGGCAAAGUGAUCUCCAGCCUGACUGUACCUGCACUGAGCUCACCAGUACUACUUCCUGGCCUGCAUGUGACAGAUUCAGGACAAGUUCUUGUGUGUGGAUACUAUACAGACACAAUCGUCCAGGUGGACAGGGAUGGGAGGCAGAGACUGGCAGAGGUGAUCACAAAGGAUGUGACUCGCCCUAUGUCUGUCUACUACAGCAAGCACACAGGUUCAAUCAUUGUAGGAAUGGGGGACAAUAACGACAUUAGAGUGUUUAAGGCAGUGUUGGAGUAGGAUGAUGUUCAUUUCAAAUCAUUUAAUUAUACACUCACAUAUACAUUUACAAGUAAAAAGUGUUACAGUUUUGUAUACAUGGUUUUAAAGCCAGUGACAGUUGGAAUAGGACACAUUCAUUAUUCUCUGUAUGAAACUAUUAUACAUUACCAAUGAAACCUGCAGUCUUUCCUAGCCUUUAUCAUUAUGAACUAAAAUUGAAAUAUGCUCUUAUAUUAAUAGCAAAAAACAUUCAAUGAUUACUUUGAUUGAAAAUAGUUUUAUAAGGAUUGUUUGAACAUAUUAAGAAUAGUCUAUUCAAAAGAAUAUGUUUAAGAGAAUAAGUUUAUUUAUUGCUCAAAAACUAUAUUGUAUUUUCAUGAUGUGCAUGUUAAGUACUGUUAUUAAUAUUUGUAUGAAUAUAUUGUCUGAGUCAGUAUGUAAACUAUCAUUCAAACAUAUAUGUAUGUGAAUAUGAUAUCAUACAAUAAUCAUUUUAUAAACGGCACAUUAAAUCAAACCAAUAUGAACACUGCCACUAGUACUGUAAGAAUACAAGGAUUUAAAUCCAAGACUA